GUGCCGUUGCCAAAAAGUUUUCUAAAUUUGAACAAUUUACGUACGCACAUACAGACAUAUGUACGCAUGUUUGUAGUUUUAAAAGCUGUCAAUGAAAUUCGUUUGUAGCAAAAUUAAUAGGGCUUUCUCCUUGCGUUUACUUUCGAAGAAAAUGUCAACGCCGAAUUUUCUUUUGAGCAAUGGCAAAAAUAUGCCAAUGGUCGGCCUGGGCACAUGGCGCAGCCCACCAGAAGUGAUAACACAGGCGGUAAAGGAUGCCAUUGAUAUAGGAUAUCGGCACUUUGAUUGCGCCCAUAUUUACGGGAAUGAGGCACAAGUUGGCGCCGCAAUUGCCGAGAAGCUCAAAGAGGGUGUGGUAACAAGGGAUCAGCUGUUCAUAACAAGUAAACUAUGGAAUACGCACCAUAGACCGGAUCUGGUACGCGCCGCCUGCGAGACAAGCAUCUGUAAUCUGGGUGUCGACUAUCUGGAUCUGUAUCUCAUGCAUUGGCCCAUGGCAUAUAAGUCGGGCAACAAUCUCUAUCCCACAUGUCCCGACACUGGCAAGGCGGUCUUUGAGAAUAUCGAUUUCGUAGACACCUGGAAGGCCAUGGAGCAUUUGGUUGACAGUGGUCUGUGUCACGCCAUCGGCGUAUCCAAUUUCAAUGAACAGCAAAUCAAUCGGCUGCUGAGCGUUGCCAAGCUGAAGCCGGUCGUGCUGCAAAUCGAAUGUCAUCCGUAUCUGCGGCAGAAGACCUUGAUCACGCUUUGUUACGACAAUGCCAUUGCCGUGACCGCGUACAGCUCAUUGGGAUCCGCCCACACGCCCUACGAGAAGCCCGGCGCCUAUCCGCUGCUCAAGCAUCCGGUUAUAUUGGAAAUUGCUGCCAAAUACGAGCGUACGCCGGCCCAGGUGCUGCUGCGCUACCAGACGCAAUCGGGCAUUAUUGUUAUACCGCGCUCUAUUAGCAAGCAUCACAUGUACGAGAACUUCAAGAAGAUUUGGGACUUUGGGCUGGACAAUGAUGAUUUGCAGGCCAUCGAUGACCUUGACUGCAACGGGCGCUUCAUGACAAUGAAAGCUGCCUAUGGACAUCCUCAUCAUCCGUUUGAAAUUGAUGCUCCAAAGCAAUUAUAAAACCAAAUGCGAAAGUGUAUUUAUUGGAUUUAAAAUUCUUCUGUGUACCUGUGUCUAUGUCGAGUUAGGAUAUGCAUAGACAUCGAGUUUAACUAAUCAAAUUAAGCUAUUAAGUUUUGUUAACAAAUGUCAAACUAGCUGCGAUCAUGAGAGUUGCGUUUUUCAAAUAUAUUCUGAUUUUAGUACUAAAA